CCUCUCUCUCUGCCUCUGCCAAGGGCACGGAUGGGCAAAGCAGAACUUCCAGAAGGGAAGAUGAGCACCCGGGAUCCCUCAGAUCUGUGGAGCAGAUCCCACGGAGACGCCCAGCUGCUCCAGGACUUGGGGUGGUACCACGGCAGCCUCACGCGCCACGCGGCCGAGGCCCUCCUCCUCUCCAAUGGAUGUGACGGCAGCUACCUUCUGAGGGACAGCAACGACGCCACCAGGCUGUACUCUCUCUCCGUGAGAGCCAAAGACUCUGUGAAACACUUCCAUGUUGAAUAUACUGGAUAUUCAUUUAAAUUUGGCUUCAAUGAAUUCGCAUCUUUGAAGGAUUUCGUAAAGCAUUUUGCAAAUCAGCCUUUGAUUGGAAGUGAGACAGGCACUCUGAUUGUUCUGAAACAUCCGUAUCCAAGAGAAGUGGAAGAACCUUCCAUUUAUGAGUCCGUCCGGGUCCACACAGCAAUGCAGACAGGAAGAACAGAAAACGACCUCGUGCCCACCGCGCCUUCUACCUGGAAAACAAGAUGGUUCACUUUGCACAGAAAUGAACUGAAAUACUUCAAAGACCAGAUGUCUCCAGAACCAAUUCGGAUCCUAGACCUAACAGAAUGUUCAGCUGUACAAUUUGAUUAUUCACAGGAAAGGGUAAACUGUUUUUGCUUAGUCUUUCCAUUCAGGACAUUUUAUCUCUGUGCAAAGACAGGAGUAGAAGCUGAUGAAUGGAUCAAGAUACUACGCUGGAAACUGUCACAAAUAAGAAAACAGCUCAACCAAAGGGAAGGCACAAUCCGAUCUCAGUCAUUCAUCUUUAAAUAGAUCUUUGUCAGCGAGCACCGCCCUGGCCCAGGACAUGGUGGAACACGCCCCGAUGCUGCGAUCCAUAGCAGGCUUCAGACCAAAGCUGACUAAGGAUUUUUCCCUAAAAACAAAUCAAAAGCAGGUACUGUUUGGGAUCCACGUGCCACGUUUGCUGACUCACGGGAAACUGCUGUCCUUCCAAGAUGUCGCCGUCUCCUUGAGAAAACUGAAGCAGUCGUCGUUCUGAUAGAAACUGAUCACACCCACUCUCAGAACACACAGUGUAAGACGAAGGGUUUGUGUUUUCACUCACUGUGGUCCCCAAGCCUGUCGACAUCAGGGGACCCACAGUUGACAGGAGUCUCGCUCUGAGUCAUGGUCAGCCCCUGUGACACCCAGGUUGUGCUAUUAACCAGGAAGGAAACCGUUGUAUACUUAGAGGCCUAGACUACUUCUUCAGAAAUUAUAUUGAGAUAGCAAAC